CAAGAUCUAAAGUAUUGAAGCGGUACAGUUUCGCGUAGCAAGACUAAGAUUAAUCCGUCUACUAUUGUCAUCGGACACUAUUCUCCUUCACUUCGCUCUACAACAAUGACUGGUGAAAAAAUAGUUAAACUCGACCAAUUGUUGAACGGUUACAUUGGCGAUUCCAAAUCCAUCGUUGAUACUAAAUUUUCAAGGUUAACCGGACUCGGUGAAAAUUAUGGAAGUAUCCUGUUGAAGGUUGACAUAACCUUAGAAAAUAAAAAGGAUAAUUCUCGAGAGGAAUUACACGCGGUUGCCAAACUCAUACCGGAAGAUAAAUUACUCCAAAAAUUAUUCAAUAUUCAAGUGAGCUGUAAAGUGGAGAUUGGUUUCUAUGACACAAUCGUCCCGACGCUUCAGCGGUUCCAGAAGGACAAGGGUGUGCAACAAGUGAUGGACUUUUUCCCCAAAAUGUACGCAUCCAGGUUAAAUCUGAACGGCAGCGACACAGUCGACCAAGAUGCAGUGUUGUUGUUGGAAAAUUUAAUAGAAGCAGGUUACAAAAACGUGGACCGUUUCGAAAGCUUCGACCUGCCGACAGUAAAAGUCGUCCUGAAAGACCUGGCAGUCUUCCACGCGGUUCCCAUAGCCCUGAAACUUUUAGAACCUGAAACUUUUCAAUCCAAAGUUCGACCGUACUUGGUGGACUUCGAACCACCGCCACCUGAUGCAGAAAAUCCAGACGUCAAAAAAUUCAACCCAUCCUUCGAAAUAGUUUCCGACAUUUUGGAGGCUGACGAGGAGUGUAGACCUCUGGUUCCUCUACUCCGAGAGAAAAGCAAAUGGAGGCCAGAGCCAUACCCAAACGAACCGUGGGCCACAAUGGGCCAUGGAGACUUUUGGAUCAACAACACCAUGGUGAAAUUCGAAGAAGGUAGACCAGUAGCCAAUAAAAUGGUAGACUUUCAGAACCCCAGAUACCUCUCGCCGGCCUUAGAUUUGUUCUUCUUGUUGUGGUCUAGUGUGAAAUUGGACGUUUUGGACGAACACUACGACAACCUUGUGCGAUUCUAUCACGAAAUAUUCAUCAAACAACUCAAGGACCUGGAGUGCGAUGUCUCUCCUUUUACUCUAGAACGAUUGCUGGAGGAAAUGAAGUUGAUGGCGGAUACCUUAGUGAUACGCGUCGUGAUUUUCACAGUUUUCGUCAUUUGUGCUAAAAAGAACGAGUCAGGUCUUCCCAGGAUGCCACAUGAGUUAGAAGUAGAAGACGUUACUGAGAUAGGCAAGGAAAGGAUAAUCCAUUUCGUCAAAGCUUGCAAAAGGAAAGGAUGGUUGUAAUAUAAAAUGUAUUAAUAAAUGUUACACGAAUAUCAAAAAUUAUUAAACCCCUAUCAAAUUAAUACAAAACAAUUCCUUCAAAAA